CGCCAUCAACCAUCUCCCGUCCACGCUCGCUGCCCUUUCUUUGGCUCUGGCCUCUGGCUGGCUCCACCCUGCCUCCUCUCCCCAGCCUGUCCCUCUCCCUCCCUCCCUCCCUUUUUCUCCCGUGGCUUCCCUCGCCGCCGUCCCUACGCAAUAAACCGCUGCCCGCCCGAGCCGCUCCAUCGCCCCCGCUCGCUCUUUUCGGAGCCCCAAAGGCCGUGACUUCCAGCGCUGCUGCUUCUGGAAUUCCCGGGCCUUCUCCUCCUCGUCGUGUCCUUUGCCAUUGGAGCCAGGAGCUAGCGUCUCUCGCACAGCCACAGUUGUUUUUGCAGGCCCAAGGAGGCCGCCAUGGCGAACCUGACGAACGGCUUUGCGAGCCUCCAUUGCGCAGGGGCGAUGCAUGUGGACAAAGGGCACAUGCAAGCUUCGGGACUGCCUUUUCUCUCUUUCAGAAGAUGCUCCAAGCUUGAUAUCUCCAGACUAGGUACCGUGCCUCGUUUCAUGGGCGCAAAAUCUGCUACUGUCUCCCAGCAUCAUGUGAGACACAGGAUCAGCGCCACCAGAGCCUCUACUUUUUCCUGCCUGCAAGAUGAUACCACAAAAUUCUUCGAUUUCGUGGUUAUUGGCAGUGGUGUCGCUGGCCUAAGGUAUGCUCUGGAAGUUUCAAAGCACGGCUCUGUUGCUAUUAUCACCAAGGCAGAGCCUUAUGAGAGCAACACAAACUAUGCACAAGGCGGUGUUAGCGCCGUUCUAUGCCCCUCGGAUUCUGUAGAAAGUCACAUGGAAGACACAAUUGUUGCCGGGGCUUAUCUGUGUGACGAAGAGACCGUCAGGGUAGUUUGCACAGAAGGUCCAGAGCGUGUCAAGGAACUAAUUGCCAUGGGUGCCUCAUUCGACCAUGGUGAAGACGGUAGGCUGCACCUUGCAAGGGAAGGUGGACAUUCUCACAACAGGAUUGUCCAUUCUGCUGAUAUGACUGGAAGAGAGAUUGAAAGAGCACUACUUCAAGCAGUUGACAAUGAUGAUAACAUAUCGUUGUUUGGUCAUCACUUUGCUAUUGAUCUAUUGACAUGCCAGAAAAAUGGUGAAAUAUAUUGCUAUGGAGUGGAUUCGAUAGACAUUGAAACUCAGAAGGUAGUCCGUUUCAUCUCGAAAGUGACACUGCUUGCAUCAGGAGGAGUUGGCCAUAUAUAUCCCACAACCACCAAUCCACUGGUAGCUACAGGGGAUGGAAUCGCGAUGUCUCAUCGUGCUCAGGCUGUAAUAUCCAAUAUGGAGUUUGUGCAGUUCCAUCCAACUGCACUUUCAGAUGAGGGCCUGCCAAUCAAGCCAAAGACAAGAAGAGAGAAUGCAUUCCUCAUAACGGAAGCGGUCAGAGGAGACGGAGGAAUUCUUUACAAUCAGUCCAUGGAGAGAUUCAUGCCCAUGUACGACGAUCGCGCCGAGUUGGCGCCAAGAGAUGUGGUUGCGAGGAGCAUAGAUGACCAGCUGAAGAAGCGAGGCGAGAACUACGUCCUCCUGGACAUCAGCCACAAGCCAAGAGAGAAGGUUCUUGCUCACUUCCCCAACAUCGCCGCCGAGUGCCUGCGGUACGGCCUGGACAUCACACGGCAGCCCAUCCCGGUGGUCCCGGCGGCGCACUACAUGUGCGGCGGCGUCCGGGCCGGGCUGCAGGGGGAGACCAACGUGAAGGGCCUGUACGUCGCCGGCGAGGUCGCGUGCACGGGGCUGCACGGCGCGAACCGGCUGGCGAGCAACUCGCUGCUGGAGGCGCUGGUGUUCGCCAGGAGGGCGGUGCAGCCGUCCAUCGACCACAUGUUGGACGCCGACGGCGACGGCGACGGCGACGGCGACGCUUCCCUGGCGGCGAGAUGGGCGCGGCCGACGCUGCCGUGGUCGUCGCUGGGCGACGGCGCGCUGUCGGACAUCGUGGAGCGGACGAGGCAGGCCAGGACGGAGCUGCAGUCGGUGAUGUGGGAGUACGUCGGCAUCGUGCGGUCGACGGGGCGGCUGAAGCAGGCCGAGUGGAAGAUCGGCGACAUGGAGUCGGAGUGGGAGGAGUUUUUGUUCCGGCGGGGGUGGAAGCCGACCAUGGUGGGCAUCGAGGCCUGCGAGAUGCGCAACCUCUUCUGCUGCGCCAAGCUCGUCGUCAAGAGCGCGCUGGCCAGGCGCGAGAGCCGCGGCCUGCACUUCACCGAGGACUUCCCCUACCUGGAGGAGAGCAGGAGGAAGCCCACGGUCAUCUUCCCGGCCGCCGUGCAGGAGGUCACGUGGAGCUCCAAGCCGUUGCAGAGGCAGCUGCAGUGCAAGUAGACGGCAAUGUCUUGCAGUUCAUCGAGCUGGGGCUUGGGGGUUCGUUAGCUUAUAAGAACUGGGCUGAAUUAGCCCUCUUUCAAUCGACACAAAAUCCAGUGAACUGGAAAUGAUAGAUUCAACCUUGAUUCGUAGUAUAGUAUAGGUGUGUGGGUGAUUGCACACCAAUUGAUUACCUUGGUGUUGAUGUCAUGCAGUAAAAUUACUUUGAUUCAGAGUCA